AUGGAUAUUGUAUUUCACCCCGGCCAGAAUGGGUCCGCUCCCGUGGUAGAAUUCUACCCUUAUACGCCAUCUGCUACAGCUGGGUAUGCCUUCAUGGCUAUCUUUGGCAUUUCAACCCUGGCACACAUCAUUCUGAUGUUCCCCUUCCGCGCUGCCUAUUUCAUUCCCUUGAUAUUGGGUGGGAUAUGUGAAACCUUCGGCUACUAUGGUCGAGCCUGGUCCCAUGAAUCCCGGUUCGAAAUCAGUUCAUGGGCUCUACAGGAGAUGCUCAUUUUGUGUGCACCACCUCUUGUCGCAGCCACGGUUUACAUGGUUCUCGGUCGCAUUAUACGAUCUUUCGGUGCCGAACAUCUCUCAAGCAUGCGCGUCAAGUGGCUUACUUUUGUCUUCGUCAUGAAUGAUGUCUUGUGCUUCAUGACGCAGCUCGGAGGUGCAGGUGUCCAGGUAACGGGAGAUGAAAACAUCAUGAAGAUCGGCAAGAAAGUUGUAUUGGCAGGCUUGAUCUUCUCCUUGGUUGUCUUUGCCUUCUUCAUCUAUAUUGCGGCCAAAUUCCAUCGACGUCUUCAGCAGAAGCCGACUCCCAUUCUCAACCAUUACCCCGAUUUAUCCUGGCAGCGAUAUAUGUGGGCAAUCUAUGUCUCUUGUGUUGCGUUGAUGGUGCGCAACCUUGUACGGACCAUUCAGUUUGGAGCCGGCCAAAAAACCGACGUCAACACCAAGGAAGUCUACAUCUAUGUGUUUGAUGCCUUUUUGAUGUUUUUCGCAAUGCUUGUCCUAAUCAUCUACCACCCCGGUCGACUGAUCAAGAGAGCUCGUCGCCUUGCCAAGGAUGGUAUGUUCGAGGAGUCUGGUGAAAGGAACUCCGCACAUAUGCUACUGUCUGAAUGCGAAAUGGGACAGCGUCCAACCAAAAAAAAUAUGCAUCUUAUUCGAUAUGCCACCGAAGCCGAUGGCCCAGCGUUUGCCAAAGUCAACGUCCAAAGUUUCCAGGGCCGGCUGCUCCUUCACCAGAUAUUUCCAGGGUCCAGCCAAACCCUACUCCAGGAGUAUAAGAUCCACGUCGGGAUGAAACACCUCGCCAAUCCCAGCAUGCACGUUCUCAAAAUCCACAGCGAUGAUGGUGAAUUGGUCACAUAUAGCCGCUGGCAGCUUCCGGCUUCGUUCGGUCCGAGCCAGGUUCCUUUAAGUGACCAAGGUGUCUUGUCCGCCAAGGAUCCCGUUGCUUUCGCACCCCAACCAAUGAAUAACAAGGCAUUUGAUGCCUUUAAACAGAUACUGGAAGAGGGUCGCAAGCGAUACACGACAGAAGACGACAUUGGUACAGUUCCAAGAUCGACCCCGCAUUUACAAUUUGCUGACUCUCCAGUUUUGGAUUUGUUGGCUACUCUACCGGAUUAUCAGGGCCAGGGGUAUGGUACGGCCAUGCUCAAGUGGGGAAUUGAGAAAGCAGACGCCGCCAAGUCGCGCAUCUACCUGGAAGCCACUCCCGAGGGGGUUCCGGUCUACCUCAAAUAUGGAUGGAGACACUUGGAGGAGGUUACUAUGAGCUACGACGAUCACGGAGGCGUCGGAGAGGAAUCAUUUUACCUGAUGAUCCGGGAUCCAAUUUUGUAA